AUGAGAGUGAUAUCUUCGUGUACAAGGGCUUUGCUACUUCGGUCUAACAACAUGCUCCUAGUUCGGACCAUGGCAUCGCAACCGGAUCCGUUUAUCAUGGAGGCCCUCUCGGGCUCAGACGAAGGUAUUGUCCUGUUUAGGAUGAAUCGCCCUCAAACCAAGAAUGCCAUAAGCAAAUUGUUCUUAGAACAGUUCAAGGAAAGCAUUUACUCCGUGAAGUUCAACAAGAGUGCACGAGUUGUCAUACUUAAGAGCGAUGUGGAAGGAGCUUUCUGUACAGGUGCUGAUUUAAAGGAGCGUAAAUCAAUGCCUGUGGAAGACGUGCCCAAAUUUGUGGACUCAUUACGGUCAUCGUUCAGUGAGCUUGAGCUCCUUCCACAACCUGUGAUUGCGGCAAUUGAUGGCUAUGCUCUUGGUGGUGGUCUGGAGAUGGCUCUUGCUUGUGAUAUCCGCGUCGCCUCAACUAAUGCGAAGAUUGGUUUAACGGAAACAAGAUUAGCAAUCAUUCCUGGAGCCGGAGGCACUCAACGACUCACACGGGCUGUAGGACCGUCCAUGGCAAAAGAACUAAUAUUCACUGGACGAAUGAUCAGUGGUGAAGAAGCGUGUAGAAUUGGUCUUGUGAAUCACUGCACAAAGACGGAUGCGUUCUCAAAAGCGAUGGAAAUUGCGCGUGACAUUGUUCCGAGGGGUCCACUAGCUGUUCGCCUUGCGAAGAUCGCCAUUGACGCUGGAUCAGGAACGGAUUUGAAUAGUGGCCUAGUUAUGGAACAACAAUGCUAUGCCCAGAUGCGGCAAUCGAUCCUACGAUUCAAGUGGGACGUCAUGGUUUCCGUCGCGCUGUCACGACCGCAGGUUAUAGCUGCGCCCAUGACUGAGAUAGAAAAGAGGUAUCAUUCACUUCAAAUGGAGGAAGAACAGGAGAGAAGUCUGAUGUGUGAUUUUGAAUUGAAAUCGCGACACGAUGAGAAGCUUCUUGCAAAACGUGCUGAAUUGGAACGAGAAGGAAAGGAGUUAUCUGAGCUAGAUGAGCAGAUUGGAUUAACCAAUUCGAUGAUUCAGGACGAGUGGAAUAGGAGAGGAGAACAGCUUGUGAAAAACCUCAAACUCGACAACCCUCGCUCGCGAGAGAUCAACGACGAUCGGUCGUUACAACGUAUGCUGGAUCGAAAGCUUUUACUUAUUGUUCAACAACGAUUCGGAAAUGAUAAUUACAAAAGUCCGUGGAUUCUCCCGCAGUUGAAACACGAAUCCGGAGAAACUCUACUA